CUCCCGUAAUGCCUUUAUAUGGGCUUUUUGCUCGUCGGAAUACUGGUAUAUGGGCUGCACGGCAGUGCCUGGCUCUGGGGUAGUAAGGACAGCAUUGACCAUGGUGUGAAAUGAAGAGCUCGGUGAAAGAAAUUGAACAAAUACCGUGACUACCGUGCCACACGUAUGCUCACAUAGCACAUGGUGGACUUAGUAAUAGAUAGGGUGCUGACAUUUCUGGCAGCGUGGGAACACUAGAGAGAUCAUUUUGUACCAUGCAUCUUAUGUAUACGCUAGACGAGAGUGGGAACAGGAUAUACACUCUGAACAAAACAACGAAUACAGGCCGAAUCACCAAGUCUGCACACCCAGCACGUUUCUCGCCCGAUGAUAAAUUCUCGAGGCACCGUGUUACUCUUAAAAAGCGCUAUGGUGUCCUGUUAACUCAGCUCCCUAGCAAGCCUAUGUGAAGGGUUUGGCGUCUGCCGGAUAAAAUCGCAUCCGAGCACCAUCCCCACCUCUGCCGAAUUAUACCUCGUCGCACGAGUUAUAGAGUACGCCGUGUAAUAACAUGUUCUCGUGGUCCCAUUGUUAAGCCGUUGCUGUUGGGUGUU